UGGUGUUCCACAGGGAUCGGUGCUGGGACCUUUGUUGUUUGUAUAUCUGAAUGCCACUAGUUACUGAUCUCCAUUCCGAAAAGUGCUCUUCCACCGCUACUGUGUCAUCUUAGACCAAGACAGUUUUAUAUCCAUCUAGCCAGUUCGCCAUGGAUCCCAUAAGACUGCACCUUUUGCAUUAGUCUGCCAUGAGGUACCUUAUUGCAUGCCAUACUAAAGUCCAUGUAGACAACAUCCACUGCCCUUCCCUCAUCAAUCAUUCUUUUCACCUCCUUAUAAAAACUCAAUCAAAUUGGUGAGAUAUGAUCUUCCCUACACUAAUCCAUACUGCCUAUCACUAACCAGUCCAAGCACUUCCAAAUAUGAACAAAUCCUGUGUCUCAGUAUCUUCUCCGACAGCUUCACUAUCACUGCUGUCAGGCUCACCAGGAUUACCAGAAUUAUCUCUGUUUCCAUGCUUAAGCAAAGGAACAUCAUUGGCCAAUCUCCAGUACUCUGAUCCAAAGAUAUCUGUUAAGGCCCCAGCUAUUUCCUCCCUUGCCUCCCACAGUAUCCUGGGAUAGAUCCUGUUCAGCCCUUGGAAUUUGUCUAUAUUAAUGUAUUUCAAGACACCCGACACUUCCUCUGUCAUUAUGUUGCCCUGAGCAACAGUAUUCACACACCUUUCCCUAACCUCAGCAUCCCUCAUGUCCCUCUGUUUAGUGAAUACUGAUGUAAAGAACUCAUUUAAGGAUCGCACCCAUUUCCUCUGAUUCGACACAUAACCUCCCGCCUUUAUCCUUGAGUGGGCCUACUCUCUCCUCGCUGCCCUCUUGUUCCUAAUGUAUAUAAAAUGCCCUGGGAUUAUCCUUAACCCUGUUGGCCAAGGACAUUUCAUAGCCCCUUUUAGCCCUCUUUAACUCCCUGUUUCAGCCUGUUGUAUUCCUCAAGGACUUUGUCUGUUUUUAGUUGCCUUGAUGUUUGAUAUGCUUCCUUUUUUUUGACUCAGCUAACAAUUUCCCCUGGGGAGGAUGUCAGGACUGCAGAAGCCUCAUUCCUGAUGAAGAACUUAUGCUCAAAACAUCAAUUCUCCUGCUCCUUGGAUGCUGCCUGACUGGCUGUGCUUUUCCAGCGCCACACUGAUAAUUUCUCCCACCAUCCAAGGUUCCUGAAUCCUGCAAUUCCGGUCUUUCACCUUCACAGGAACAUGCCUGUCCUUCACUCUCAUCAGCUGGUCUUUAAAAUAUUCCUACGUGUCAGAUAGCCAACAUUGAAGAAAUCGAAUACUGCCAGAUGGAACAGACUUGAGCCGUAAAUAAUUUUCUUUCUAAUCGUCCCUGAUCACCGAACUCCUACUGUCCUUGGGGAGUUUUGACCGAUUCGUUUUGCUGUAGAAAGCAUUUUCGUGCCAACUGAUUUUGGGGGCCUGCCACAUUUUGUUCCUGUUCUGAGGCACCAACUUAGGCUCGGUCAUGCCACAGCCCAAUGUUAGUGGGAUGGAACCUGCCUUCGGAGAUGCUUUUCGAAGUUGCUGCAUCUACUCAUCCUUGGACCAGACUGUUGCUAGCCCAGACAGCAGUCCGAACUCUGGCUUCCUGUAUGAACAGGAACGUCAACUGGCUUAUACAAAUAGCUCCAGAAAUGAUCUGCUAAGUCUGAAUUUGUACAGGAGUCCUGUGAAAGAGAAUAUAGAGCUGUUGAGUGACCUGGUGGAUGAUGAACCAUCUGACAGUGACAGAUGUGAGCGAUGGGAUAUAUCAGCUUUAGAAGACUUUACCAAGUACACCAAAGUGGAUCUUUGGAAUGACAAGGAGUUGGACCUGUUGGGUUUGGACGAGCACACAAGUCCUUAUCAAAACGAAGCCGAGAUUUCGCGAACACCAACGUUAGCUGAGCUGAAUGCUGAUGACUCGCAGCUUGUUGCUGACGCUUGGUGUCUUCUUCGACCUGUGAAGGAGGCUUCCCCAUUCUCUGGUAAACCUGACAGUGUUUGCAGAACUGCAGGAAACCCUAAAAAAGGCAACUGCAUGGAUCCUUUAAUAGAUCCUGACUUCCAGGCAGAAACCACUGCUUUUCUUCAGAAAAGGGAAGACCAGCAGAGCCAUUUGAGAAGCAGCAAGUCCUGUAUCAAAAAUCCUGAAAUACCAUUGAACUCCGGAAGCAAUGACCUCAGUGACCAAACCAGCAACUCCACAGCAUCUGUUGACUCUGCAUCAAACCCAGAGGAAGGAGCAAUUCAUAACAAAAUAGGAUCAAAUUCUUGGAAGCAUCAAAGACGAUUAGCGACCACAGAAUUGGGGGACAUGGGUACAGAGAAACCUGACUUCAAUAAGGGGGAUGGUCUUGUCUGUACCCACCCAACUGCAUUCCCCAGCUGGUCUGCCCGGCAGGCAAGUGGGGGACAAAGCCCUGAAGCUGGAAUUGAACUGAAGAGCCAGGAGCACAACUACUCCCUCUUCAGCGCUGAAGGCCUGGGAUUGCACGCAAGUGAAGAGAGGUUAGAGCCAGAGAACGGCUCGGACAGUGAGCAGGAUGACAGCGAGAAUGAAGACGAUGAGGAGGAAGAUGAUGAUGAAGAUAAGGACGACUUCAGCGACUACCUUUCGGAAGCCGGAAAUGAGCACGAGACGUCGACUGACGUCACAUCGGAGGUGGGCGGCAGGCGGCUGAAGCGGCGAUAUUUCUGGGAGUACAGUGACAGCCACACCACGCCCAGCAAACAAGAACGGACCCUGCAGCCUUCGGAGUGGGACUGCUCCACGUUACCGAGUAAUGUCUAUCAGAAGGAAAACGGCGUCGGGCAAGGACGCAGAAUAGCGAAAAAAUCCCGGCGCACAGAUGUGGAUGACUUGACGCCUAACCCAAGAAAGUUACUGCACAUCGGAGAUGAACUGAAGAAGCUCAACAAGGUAAUUGAUGACCUGACACCAGUGAACGAGCUGCCAGUGAACGCCAGACCACGGUCCAGAAAGGAGAAAAAUAAACUGGCUUCUAGGGCCUGCAGACUAAAGAAGAAAGCCCAACAUGAGGCCAACAAAAUCAAGUUAUGGGGUCUCAACACCGAGCACGAUAACUUACUCAAAGUUAUUGUCGCAAUCAAGCGGCAGAUUAUGCAGCGAGUGGAGAGCAGUAAUCGAGCUGAAGAAGAGAGCAUGACCGAAAAGCUGGAGAAACUGAUGAAAGACACAAUUGGCUGCUCGGUGGCAGGUCAAACGUCUGAGUUUGUGAACGAGGUCCUGGAGAAGGUGUCCGCUGGAGAGUCUGCUGCAGGACUGAGCUGACCAUCGUGAGCAUCGUCCUCAAUUCGAAACCUCUCCUUAACAACAGGAUGUUCCUAAACAGGAGGGAAGGGAGAAUGCAAACAGAAAAGAAGUCACUAUUUCUGCAGCACCCUUGCGCUACCUGUAAUCUUGGUUUUUUUUUUGGUGUUUGGCAGGGUGAAGGGAUUUGGGGGAGAGUUUUGACACUCUCUCCUGAAUCCCUGUCUUCACCCAUUUUGCCACUGCUCCCUGCUCUGGUCACCCAGUGCCCCUUGAUGUUGGCAUGCCUGGGAGAUAUGUUGUGUGCCAAUCUGUGUCCUCUGGGACUGAUCCCCCGGGCAAAAUUAUGGGGUGCUUAAGCUGAUGGCAAUAAGGGACGCAAGGAAAUGAUGUCGAUUUUGGUAAGAAUAGCAGAUUGAGCUGCAUUAAUAUUCUUUUCGCCUUUCAACAAGUGAUUGAGGAAAGAGGGCACAGGGAGUUGGCUGUUUGUUUGCUGGGUCAGACUUGAGGGCGAUCUCAGUUGCAUCGGAAUGAUUCUGAUGGUGGGUGAACACGACUCUCUGAAACGAUCCAGCCUCCACUGAACUCCCACAAUUCAUUUUCCAGACGUUAACAUCCUUUUUAUUGAAGGAGAACGUUUGAUUUCAGAGUAAGUGUAGUGUUUUAUAUGUCCCGGCACCCCAUCAACACACACCUCCCCCUCCCGCUAUCACCAAAAAAAAACAUGGUCCUGGAACAUCAGGCGUUAAUGGUGUUUCUGCGGGAAUAUUUCAGUGACUGUGAGAAAAGGCAGUGCAAUGAGGGGAGGAGGGGGGGGAGGGGUGGGG